UCAUACUUUGAAAUAAGGGUACCUGUUCGCGCAGCAUUCCUGAUCGCGCUACACCAAGUUAGAGCUUAAGAGUCCCCGAACUGCAGAAUCCAAAUUAUUGCAUACCAAUGAAAAUUCAAUUGUCAUUGCCUCUUUCCUCAUAUUGCACAUUAUAUUGAAAUAUAGAUAUAGUUGAAUUCGAUCGUAAAGCAAUUCGCACGCGUUUUUGUUCCGAAAUUUCGAUCACGGUUUUCCCGGGGAUUUUCGCGUUUUUAGGGCUCUGGACACUACCAUAAAUGGUCCUUCGAGCCGGAUCGGCCUAUCAGUGAAUCGAAGUGCGCGUAAAUCCGUAUUUUAUCACUGAGUUACGAUUCGCUAUACGUAGUGCCAGAGUGAGGUUAAAUUCACCUUCCCGACGGAACAUUCCCGCGGUUGUGAAACGCAAUUAAUCGUGAUGGACAAAUUGCUUCGCGAAAGAAAGUCGCUCGACGCGCGGUUGGGACGAGCGAGACAAAAUGUCGAAGAUCUGUGCAAAAACGAAAGUGUCGAUGAUGUCGACAUUCAGACAGUGCUAGACAACCUCCUGGAUGUGUGGGCGGCUUACCUGACGGUCCACCAGCGGAUGAUGGACAACUGUAAUGAUGAAGAGCUGGAAGAGAUCUUGCAACACCAAUCGUCGUUCGAACAAACAUUCGUUACGAUGAAGGGUACUCUGCUGAAACUCCGGAAAAGGUUUGAUUUUUCAUCCACUCGCCACGACGACCUGACAUCCCAAGAUGGCGUUAGUGCUAUACAGCAGCUAGCUCAACAGCAGGCAGAAUUCAUCCGACUGAUCUCCAACAGUUUUAAUGCAACUAACAUGGGCGCUGGCAGCAGCACAACAACCUUUGCAAAUAACGUUCCACCUCACAUUGAUGUCAAGCUUCCGCGGAUGAACCUUCCGAGUUUUGGUGGAAAUAUCCUGGAAUGGCCAUCCUUUAUCGAUCUGUUCGACAGCGCGGUGCAUAGAAAUGCGAGUUUGCUAGAUAGUCAGAAGCUUUAUUUCCUCAAGACUAAUCUAAUAGGAGAGGCCGCUGCUUUGUUAUCGCAUCUGCGCAUCGAAGACGCGAAUUAUGCACCGGCCCUAGCUAAACUCAAGGCGAGAUAUAACAAACCACUUGAAAUCGCCACGCAGCACAUUCAACGAUUCUUGAGUCAACCAUCUUUGACAUCGUCAUCCGCCGCUGGUUUGCGCUCUUUGCAUGAUGUGUCUGAUGAGGCGAUUCGAGCAUUGAAGGCGAUGAACCAAGAAGGGCGAGACAUAUGGCUGAUAUAUCUCCUUGUUGAGAAGCUGGACCCGGACAGCAAACAGUUGUGGUGCCAAAAAAGAUCAGAAAUGAAGGAUGAGGACGUGACCUUAGAGAGGUUAUUGAACUUCAUCGAUGCGCAGAGCUGCGCGUUGAAAGCUGUUCUACCGAAUCGGCAAAGAAAGCCGAUUUUCGUGCCACAAACCAACAAACCUCCCUCGAGCCGAGGGCCAACAACAGCGCUUGUGGCUAUGAGCAACAACCCUCCUGCAACAGUAUGCAACUUUUGCACAAAAUCGCCUCAUCAGCUGUAUCAGUGCGGUAAGUUUCUUCACGCAAGUUCCAAUGACCGACUCCAGUUCAUUCGUAGGCAAAAUCUCUGCGAGAAUUGUCUUCGAAAGCAUAUUGGAGUACCGUGCCAGUCCGGAAAUUGCCGAAAAUGCAAUCUUCAUCAUCACACUCGCCUUCAUGAAGCCUUUCAACCACCAGUUCCAACACCAGCAAUCAGCAACACUGAGGAGCCUCUGACCACUGGUUCACCUACGGCAUCGCAAACGCUGAUUUCGCCGCUCAGCCUAGCAUCUGACCUCACCGACACCAAUGUGCUUCUUCUUACCGCUACAAUCAAUGUCUACGACAAACACGGACGGCCGCACCUUUGCCGAGCGGUACUGGAUUGCGCCUCACAUUCUAGCUACAUCACUGAGGAUCUGUGCAAUAAAUUAGGCUUGUCCACCACCGAGGUGGAUUUUGAAUAUGGUGGGAUUGCUGGUACAUCUGGGCAUGCAAACCGCGGAGCGCUAGUUACAUUUUCAUCACGGUGCUCUGAGUAUCGAAAUGUAGUUCCGUGCAUCCUAUUGAAACGACUUACUGCAGAGCUGCCGAUCAAGCCAAUCAAUGUGGAUGAUUGGCCGAUUCCUGGAUCAAUCCAAUUGGCUGACCCCCAGUUCCACAAUCCAGGCAAAAUCAGCAUGCUCCUCGGAAAUAGGCUCUUCUUUCAAUUACUCGAACCGGGAACUAUUCAGAUGGGUUCUAAUGACUGCCUUCCCGUGCUGCAAAACACGAAACUUGGAUGGGUGGUAUCUGGCGGGUAUCAAGAUAAUACAAAUCAACCUCACUCCAACGUAUCCUCGUGCCUACUGAUUGCUUCCAGUGACCCUCUCUCCGAUCAGCUGCGCAAGUUUUGGGAACUUGAGGAAUACACCAACACCAGUCCUCAUCUCAACGACGAAGAGACAUUGUGUGAGGAGCAUUUCGCUAAACAUACAAUUCGUGAUAGUUCGGGAAAAUUCAUCGUUCAUCUUCCCUUUUCGGAGAGCCUCACGUCACUCGGCAAAUCGAGAGACAUUGCUGAAAAGAGAUUGCUCCACAUAGAGCGCAAGCUGGAGCGAUGCCCAGAGCUACGCCAACAAUAUCAUGCGUUUAUGCGUGAGUACAUUGACCUCAAGCAUAUGAGUCUUGCCACUAUAUCAGAAACCGACGACUGUGUGUAUCUUCCACAUCAUUGCGUCAUCAAGGAAGAUAGCUCAACGACGAAAUGUCGCAUUGUGUUUGAUGCAUCAGCCAAAACCAGCAAUGGUAAAGCCCUCAAUGACAUUCUGAUGACCGGACCAGUGUUGCAGGACUCAUUAACGAACAUCCUCAUGCGUUUCCGAUUCCCCCCCGUUGUGUUGGCAGGAGAUGUGAAGCAAAUGUAUAGGAUGGUGCAAGUCUGUGAAGAAGAUCGAACCAACAUUCGAAUUUUGUGGCGCUGGACAAAGGACGAAACCCUCCAGGAGUACUGUUUGAAUACCGUUACAUACGGAACCAAGAGCGCCUCCUACUUGGCAACGAAAUGCGUACAAGAGCUGUUACUAUCUCAUCAGAACGAAUUCCCUGCCACCGUCGAGAAGGCUAUCAAAGGAAUCUACGUCGACGACGUCCUAACGGGAGCCGAUACCAUUGAGAAGGCUACGGAACUUCGGACGCAGCUAUCAAACAUAUUCGCCUCAGGAGGGUUCCAUCUCCGAAAGUGGGCAUCUAAUUGCCCAGAAGCCCUCGAAGGAGUUCCUGACGAAGAUCGUGAGAUGAAACUUCCCAUCGAGCUCAACGAACCCAAUACAAUAAAGGCGCUCGGAAUCCACUGGCAGCCGUGUAGCGACAAAUUCCUGUUUAGCGCCCAAACCCCCAAGAUCCUUCAGCCCACAAAGCGCAGUAUUCUGUCCAACAUCGCUAGUCUGUUUGACCCACUUGGCCUACUAGCACCUAUAAUCAUCCAAGCCAAGUUAUUGAUGCAGCGCUUGUGGGAGCUGAAGGUGGACUGGGAUAGCAUUCCCCCUGGUGAGUUGACAAAUAUCUGGUUUGAUUUUGUGCAAAGUCUGGCCGUUCUGAACUCUUUUCAGGUACCACGACGAGUGAUCAGCGUUAACAGGAUUUGUCGAAUGUUCCUACACGGCUACAGUGACGCAUCGGAGCGGGCUAUGGGUGCCUGCGUGUACAUCCGAGCGUUGGACGACGAGGGCAACUGCAGUUCGCAUCUGCUUUGCGCAAAAUCCAAGGUAGCACCGAUUGGAAACAAACGAGCAACGUUGCCCCGGUUGGAGUUAUGUGCAGCUGUGAUUCUCUCUCGGCUCAUCGACAACGUGACGAAGGCAAUCAACCAACCUUUCUUCGAGGUGCGUGCCUGGGUGGAUUCAAGCGUCCUGCUAGCAUGGCUCAAUGGAGGGGCUUCUCGCUGGAAAACCUUUGUGGCCAAUAGAGUUGCUGAAAUUACAACCCACCUACCGGCCAUUAAUUGGAGCUACAUCCCAUCGAAACAGAAUCCCGCGGACCUCAUUUCGCGUGGGGCGUCAGCAGAAGAAAUCCAGAAUAACAAUCUAUGGUGGACUGGUCCCAUGUGGAAUAUCGCAGGUGAACACCAUCCAACAGUCAGCCCUAUACUGACCAGCAGUGACCAACACCACAUUACUAGAGAGCAGAGAGCAACAGCGCUCACUCUCGUCAGCCACUAUGAGAAUUCACUCCUCGAUGAGAUGAUGGCACGAUAUUAUCCCGAUCUCAAUAUGCUUCUUCGGGUUACUGCUCGAAUUCUCCGCUUUCGUCGUCGGGAUCCACUAUCAACAUCUCGUCUACUACCGAUCGAGCUUGAUAGAGCCCAGGUAGUAUUCAUUCGCCACGUUCAACAGCAGCAGUUUCGAGAAGAGUUCGAUUGUCUAAAACGCCAAGGUGAAGUUAGUGUCAACAGUAGCCUUCAUCAGCUCAAACCGUUUCUGGACGACGCAGGUGUGAUCAGGGUGGGCGGAAGACUGCAACAAUCAGGUCUAAGUUAUGACGUCAAACAUCCCAUAUUGAUGCCCCGAAAUUCAAUACUCACAUCCUAUUUGUUGAACCAUGAUCACAUAUCUCAUCACCACUGCGGGCCCCAACUGCUAUUAGCAAUAUCGAGAAGGCGAUACUGGAUCGUCCGUGGUGCAAGUGCGGCAAGAAAGGUGUAUCGUCAGUGUGUAACAUGUGUGCGUGCUAAGCCAGCACCCACGCACCAACAGAUGGGACAGCUGCCAUCAGAUCGAAUACAGCCAAAUCCACCAUUUUCCAUAUCUGGCGUAGACUACGCUGGUCCGAUCAGCAUUAUUGGACGUAGGAUGCGAGGUGCGAAGCCGAGCAAGGGCUACAUUGCUCUGUUUGUUUGUUUUUCAACAAAGGCCGUGCAUAUGGAGGUCGUGUCGGAACUCACUACCGCUGCCUUUCUGGCAGCAUUUACACGUUUCUCCAGUCGCUAUGGCCUACCUGGGAAAUUAUAUUCGGAUAACGCUACUACCUUCCGUUCAGCGUCGAAACAGCUCCGAGAAUUGUACGACCACUUAAAUUCUACCACUCGCAAGGAUCAAGUGACUGAUUUUAUGACCGACAAAGGCGUGGAAUGGAGCUUCAUACCUGCACGUUCUCCACACCAUGGUGGAUUGUGGGAAUCAGCGAUUAAGGCCCAUCACACCAAUUUCGGAUAGUCCAAUGGACCCGCAGCCGCUUACUCCCGCUCAUCUGCUCAUUGGAAGGGCGCUCACCACUGUGCCUGAAAUCAAUCUCUUGGAACGAAAAAUAUCCUCGAUGACACGGUGGGAAUUCAUCCAGCGACUUUCCCAGGAGUUUCGA